UCUCGCUUCCGAUGUCACGACGUAAUCUUCAGCAUCUCCUAUAUCCGGAGAUGACCCAUCUGCUUCUUCUGCUGAUCACGUUAUUUCCCUUAUCUCUCCAAGUGUCACUGCUCGAACAGCUUCACUGGAUUGAUGACCCUGUGCCAGUUUGUGAUCGCAGUAACUCCAACAACUCACAUGUAUACUGCAAUAGCACAUUGUUAAUAGCCGUAAACUUCCAUGAGCUGUACAAUGAUUCGAAAACAUUUGUUGAUAUGCCGAUGAAGAAUGAUCCAGACUACGUCUUGGAAAAGUUCAAGGAGCAGUUUGGCACACAAUCCAUCGAAUCCAUAGACAGGGCAAAGCUCAAAGAUUUCGUUGAUGAGCACUUUAGCCCACCGGGAAGUGAGUUGGUGCCUUGUACUCCUGAAGACUGGGACCCACAGCCACCGAAGCUCGUAGCCAUUGUGGAUCCAAAGCUUCGAGAAUGGGCACUUUCACUGAAUGGUGCUUGGAGGAAUCUUUGUAAGAGGAUCAAUCCGGACAUUGAAAACAACACUUCACGCUCUUCGUUGAUCCAUUUGCCAAACAAUUUCAUCAUGCCUGGAGGACGAUUUAGAGAAAUUUACUAUUGGGAUGCUUAUUGGAUCAUAAAGGGUCUUAUCGCGUGUGACAUGUAUAAAACUGCAAGAGCCAUGAUAGAAAAUUUAGCUUCAUUGGUAGAAAGAUUUGGAUUUGUGCCAAAUGGUGGCCGAGUUUACUACUUGCAAAGAUCUCAACCGCCUUUGUUGGCAGGAAUGGUUUACGAAUACUACGAAGUAACCAAAGAUAAAGACUUCAUCACCAAGAUGAUACCAAUUCUAGAAAAGGAAAUGGAUUUUUGGAAUACGAAUCGAAUGACUACAGUAGAAAUAAAUGGAGAGACUCAUGCGGUUUAUCUUUACAACAGCAGAAGCAAUUUGCCACGGCCGGAAGCCUAUACGCAGGAUUUGAAAAACGCGCAAAAAGCGCACUACAAACCUCAAUAUUGGCAGGGUCUUGCUAGCGCGGCCGAGUCAGGAUGGGAUUUUUCUACAAGGUGGUUUAGCGAUCGCAAAGAAAUUUUUGCCGUUGACACGAAAAAUGUUCUCCCGGUGGACCUGAACGCAUUCAUGUGUUGGAACUUUGAUAUUUUGACCUAUUUGUACGAGAGAAUAGAUGAUCCAAUCAAGUCCGAAUUCUAUCGAGAACGGCGAGCUAAAUUCCGAAAAACUGUACACAAGGUUUUCUAUAACCAAACCGCUGGUUCCUGGUUUGAUUUCAACUUACGAACUGGUAAACAUAAUCAAGCGUUUUAUCCAUCGAUUGCCGUGCCGCUGUUUACUGGAUGUUACAACACCUUGAAUCAGGGCAAAUCCGAAAGAUUGUUCAGAUUGAUGAAGCAUAUCGGAGUUUUUGAGUAUCCUGGUGGCAUUCCAACAUCGAUGGUCACUAGCAGUGAAGAGCAAUGGGACUUUCCAAAUGGGUUCAGUCCACUAAAUCAUAUGGUGGUCGAGGGACUCAGAAAAAGCCACAAUGCUCAAAUGCAGGAUGAAGGUUACCAGCUUGCCAAGAAAUGGAUUAUGGGUAACUAUAAAGUCUGGAAGGAAACAAACCACAUGUGGGAAAAGUACAACGUCAUUGGUGAUUAUCCGAAGCCAGGAUCCGGAGGAGAAUACGAUGUUCAGGAUGGCUUUGGCUGGACGAAUGGUGCUAUUCUUGACUUACUUGUGACCUAUAACCACCGACUUCACGUCGAUUGAUAGAAGAAUAUGAAGC